GAGGAUAAAUGUAAGGUCCUCAUUCGACAACCGAUAGGUGACGCUAUUCCUGAAAUAGCAAUCCUAGGCAGAACAUACAAAACGACGGAACCGUUACGCUACUUGGGGGUGUUCCUAACUGCGAAGCUAGAGCGCCCUAUGACCGUUCGAACACGCUGUCGGAAAGCCGUGCGCCUGUCCAAGGUGGUAUUAGGAUUUCUAAAAAAAUAUCGACCUAGCUGGAAAGUUGCGCAGAUGAUCUACGGAUCGGUCAUAGCGCCCUCGAUGCUGUAUGGGACCCAGGUGGCGGUACUGACCAAGUAUAGUAGAAGAUCGAUAAGAGGCUACGAACGACAAAUUGUACAAUCAAUGGCCAAACUUUGCCGAGACACUCAACAUCUUAACCAACCCGUCAGCAAGUUGCUAUCAAAGAAGAGGAUAACAAAGAAGAUAAGGCUGUAUCAGAUGCGCUGGUUUGGGCAUGUAAGACGUCGUCCAGCAAAUCAUCCGCUUCGUGUUGCCCUCAACCUCAGGGCAAGGCGCCUACGGUCCUGCCGGCCAGGUUUUACUAUGUGGGACAUGAUCAAGCAAAACAUUUCAAGGUACGGCAACGCGGACUAUCAGUUUUGGUGGCAUCUGGCUCUCGACAAAGAAAAGUACAACCAAGAACUUCAGAAGAUCUACGAACAAGACGAGUCCGACAGCAGCAGUUGGGAAAGUGAAGACGAAGAGGAGUGCUGAACGCUGUUACGUAGGUGGCGCAAUGCAACAUAGAGUCGAUCAAGUUGGAAGGGC